CCUAACUUGACUCAUGGCUGAUCACUCAAGGGUCUCUCGGCAUAUUCCUCCAUCGCAGUAAAGAUGUGCAGAGCUACCAAGGGGGAAAGUGGCCCGCUGUAGCAACAGAUAUAUAACACCGCCUACAAUCUCGUCAAAAAACAGGUUCUUGAGCAUUCCAACCCAUCAUUUCUUCUCUAUUCUUGACAACAUCGUCCUGGUCUGUGACCCAAUAAGUUAUCUUUAUCUUAUAUCCUAGUUGUUUGAGCUGGCCUCGUUCGUUAUAAAGACUUGAAGUCGUUACCAUUCUUUCUCUUGCUCAGAUCAAACAACUUUUUCUGUCACUACCUUAAACAAACCGCCAAAAUGAAGACUGGUUUCAUCACUUUUGCCAUUGCCGCCGUGGCUCCCCUUUCCAUGGCUCUUCCUUUCCCUCAGGCCGCCCCUGGGGGUUUCUUCCCUCCUCCGUCUAUCAAUGGCACUCAGCCUGGAAACCACACCCAGUACGGCGGUGGUCAGAACGGAGGACCUGGUGGUUGGUUGCCCGUGCCUGGCAACGGCCAGCAGCCCGGUGUUCCUACUCCAUUACCUACCCCUACUCCUCCUUCUGCUCCCACUCCUCCUGCUGUCCCUCAGCCCCCUCCCGCUGCUCCUACUGAGCCCAUCGUGGCCCCAACUCCCACUCCUUUUGCCCGCAAGUAAGGGUCAAGGUGACAACUUCUCGAACAAAGUUUUCAGAUACACAUAUAUGAUAGUACAUAAAUAAAGGGAUGAGAGGCUUAGGCUAGAUUUCUUGCGGAUAAAUAGAAUGCCGCAAAUCGGCUUGUGGGCGAUCAACCAGUUGUCUUCGUUA